UUUCGCGAAGAGAGAGAGAGAGAGAGAGAGAGAGGAAGUCCCUAGGUAUAUAGCUCUGAGGGUUUAUCUGCGCGGGCGCGCGUCCGGCGCAAGCUCCUCAUGCAGCAUCCUCGUCAGUUGCAAGUCAGAGAAAUAGAGGCGAGGCUGUGUCUGCGUACGCUGGAUUUCUUUUGUACCCCAUAAAGGGUGAAAAAACCCCCGUUAUUUGAAAGUUUUCCGGUGUAGAUUAAUCACGUUUAUUGUCCAGCGAGGAUUUUGUCCGGGCCGCGGCUUCGAUUGAUUAAAUUUUUUUUCUGUGAUAAUGUGUUUUACCUAAUAUCAUACAUUUGAAUACAUAUGUAUUGAUGUUUUCGCACAAGUCAUUCGCGAUGUUACCGUUAAGUGUGGUGGAAAGUAAUAGCGGUAGGAAUUUUCGACGACUCCUGUUCCUCGUCGUUGUUUUCACCGCUGGGGGGGCAAUGGGACUCCGAGACGUGCGUAUCACUGUACCGGCCAUGGUUCGGUCCCGAGAUUCAGCACUGCUCACCUGUGACUACGAUUUGGAGGCCGCAGAUCUGUACUCCAUAAGAUGGUAUCUUGGGGACGAAGAGUUUUAUCGAUUUGUACCCCAAGAAGCUCCUCCGCAAGCAAUAUUCUCCGUUCGUGAUAUGCAGGUUGAUAGACAACACUCAAACAUGAAGGACGUGACAUUGGUGAACGUGUCUAGAAACCUGACUGGAACCUACAAAUGCGAGAUUUCGGCCGAUGCCCCGUCAUUUCACACCCUGAUAGAAGAAGCGCAGAUGAAGGUUGUAGAUGUCCCGGAAGCGGAUCCGUGGAUUGAGCCAGAGAAACAACGUUUACCGGCGGGUGAAACUCUUCGGGCGAAUUGCACGUCAGGCGCUUCGAAUCCCGCCCCCACCAUUACGUGGGCGCUCAACGGAGAUCCUUUGAAUCGAACAAAUCUUGCGUUCAAAACGUGGCCACGGUUCUUGGGCCAAGGUGACAUCAAAGCCACACAAUCUACUCUGGAACUCAAGACGACCGCGGAACUUUUCAAGGAAGGAAAACUCGUGCUUCGAUGUUUUGCAGCAAUACCGACUGUUUAUACGGCUUCCGCUGAGUUAGUUGUCGCUGAAGACACACCGCUCAUUGCAUCAAUCACCGGCAACGCUUCGCCACACUUACGCCAAUCAAGUGGAUCCCGUCCGAACUCUUUAUUAGAGAUUGGCGUCCUCAUGUUAUCCUUGGCAGCAGCCGCAACCUGGAGCAGAUAGCUCUUUUACAAAAAGGGCAUCGAUUCCUCUCACUGACCCGAACACGUCGUCCAUGUCAACCUAGUAGCUAGGGCUUCCAGUUAUGUAUGUUACUAUGUAUCAUGUAGAUAGGUGGAUAAUUUUUAUUGAAGUGACAAGUAAUAAUACACAAACUAUAUACAGUUACUUUUGAACAUGUUAUCUUUUGAUGUAAAUUGUUGAUAAUAAAAUGCGUUGAUCUAUGCAUUUUAA